GCGGAGGCGCGGUCAGCCCAGCGUCGGGCUGGAACUAGAGAAGUAACGCGCAGACGCCUUGAGGGCCGGCGGAAGGGGGAGGGAUGCGGAGCAAGUAGCGGCUUUUGGUUUGUUUGGGUUAUAGGUGGUGCGGCAACAGCCCGGGAAAAGUGGGAGAUGGCGGCGCCUAGCGCCGGCGCCUGUCCCGCCGUCCAGCCAAAGGGGCUAAUGGCCGUUGACAGAGGGCGCAGGCUAUUGGGCGUGUGUGGCAUGCAUCCUGACCAUCAGGAAGCCCUGAAAAAGAACCGAGUGGUGCUGGCCAAACAGAUGUUGCUGAGUGAACUGUUAGAACACCUCCUGGAGAAGGACAUCAUCACCUUGGAAAUGAGGGAGCACAUUCAGGCCAAAGUGGGCAGUUUCGGCCAGAAUGUGGAACUUCUCAACUUGCUGCCCAAGAGGGGUCCCCAGGCUUUUGAUGCCUUCUGUGUGGCCCUGAGGGAGACCAAGCAGGGUCAUCUGGAGAAUCUGUUGCUCACAACUCUCUCUGGACUUCAGCAUGUACUCCCACCGUUAAGCUGUGACUACGACUUGAAUCUCCCUUUCCCGGUGUAUGAGUCCUGUCCCCCUCACAAGCAGCUCCGCCUGUCUACCGAUAAUGUGGAACACUCCCUAGACAACGGAGAUGGUCCUCCCUGCCUUCAGGUGAAGCCUUGUACUCCUGAGUUUUAUCAAACACACUGCCAGCUGGCCUAUAGGUUGCAGUCUCGGCCUCGUGGCCUGGCACUUGUGCUAAGCAAUGUGCACUUCACUGGAGAAAAAGACCUGGAAUUUCGCUCUGGAGGAGAUGUGGACCACAGCACCCUAGUCACCCUCUUCAAGCUCCUUGGCUACAAAGUCCAUGUUCUACUUGACCAGACUGCACAGGAAAUGCAAGAGAAACUUCAGAAUUUUGCCCAGUUACCUGCUCACCGUGUCACUGACUCCUGCAUAGUGGCCCUCCUGUCUCAUGGCGUGGAGGGCGGCGUCUAUGGUGUGGAUGGCAGACUGCUUCAGCUACAAGAGAUUUUUCAGCUCUUUGACAAUGCCAACUGCCCAAGCCUACAGAACAAGCCGAAAAUGUUCUUCAUCCAGGCCUGCCGUGGAGGUGCUAUUGGAUCCCUUGGGCACCUCCUUCUGUUCACUGCUGCCACCGCCUCUCUUGCUCUGUAAGUGUCUCCCGAUGCAUGGGGUGUGCUGGGACUUGGGAAGCCCAUGGCUCUCAGGUUGGUCAGCUCUCUGCACCGCCAUGUCCUCUGCCUUCCUUCCUGAGAAUUCUUCUUCUCCUGUGCUUAUUUACUCUGGUACACUUCCUUUUGUUACUCGUUCCAGUUCAGGAUUUUCUGUCUGUUCUUCCUAUCCCUCUCACUUUAUACCCUUCCUCUUUGCCCUUUCCAUCUCUUUUCCCCCCUUUCUCUUUCUCCUCUUCUCUCUUCAUCUACACUCCAUUCUUGCCUUCUUUCUUCUCUUCAUCAUUCACGUACCAUGCAGGAUAGCAGUGCAAAAGCCCCAUGUCAGCCUUUGGCUCUUAAUUUUCUAUGAGCUUUUUCCAUCCUCCUCUUUCUCACAUAAGGUGUUUUACCCCUUUAAUAGCCAGGACUCUGACACUAGGCUCAGAAGAUGUGCAGCCGUGCUUCUCAUCCUGGAGGAAAACAGUGAUAAUUGAAAGUUCAAUCUCUGGAGUCACAUUCUGACUCUACUCCUGACUAGUUAGUUAGUUAUGUUAAGUAAGAGAAUUUACUUAAUGUCCUUCCACCUUGUUUCCUUGAUAUAAAAUACAGGUAAUCAUCAGACCUACUUGUGAUGAUUAAAUGAAAUAAUACUAAUGAAGGACUCAGCACAGUCUCAGGCUCAGUACAGCCACAAAAAUCUCUGGCUAUGCCUGUUAUAAUAUGACCAGUGCCCUCAAGGGUUUUACAGUUUGACUUAAAGGUCACUUCAUCCUAACAUUCAAAUUUUUUUAUCUGUUGCAUGUUCAACAGAUGGAAAUGGUUAAUCCUGUUACUCUCGUAAUAUCACUAAAAAGAUAUAAUUUAUUAAAGUUCUGUAACAUGACUGGGACUACACUAGGUACUAUCACAAAAGCAGAAGAAAAUGUGGUAUCUCUCUAAAGAACCUACCAGUUGCUGGGAUAAUAAAGCAAAAACACAUGAAGUAGCUUGAGAAUAGUUGAAAGGCUCCAAGUAAUCAAGGGUGAAGUC